AUGGCCUCCUGUGGGGGUCUGGCGUAUCGCCUCCUGUGGGGGUCCCGCGUGUCGCCUCCUAUGGAGGGGCUCCCCAAUGGACACUACAAGGAGAUCAGCGAGAUCCUGAGAAGGAAGCGGAGCGGCCGGGAAGCGGGAGGGCGGCCCGGCGUUCCCGGAGGCGCGGAGGCGUCCGGGGGGCCGGCGGCCACGCAAGAGGACGUGGCCGGGAACGGCGGGGACCGUCAGGAGCACCAGGAGGGGCACUACGAGGAGAUCCCCGAGGUCCUGAGGAGGAAGCGGAGCGGCCAGGAAGCAGGAGGCCAUCCGCCCGGCGUUCCCGGAGGCGCAGAGGCAUCCAGUGGGGGUCCGGCAGCAGCUGACGGUGACCCCGGGGCCACGGACUGCGGCUGUCCCUGGGGGGAAGAGGAGGAGGACACCGCCGGGGAUGGCGGAGUCUAUCAGGAGCGCCAGGAGGGACACUACGAGGAGAUCCACGAGGUCCUGAGGAGGAAGCGGAGCGGACAGGAAGCGGGAGGGCGUCCGCCCGGCAUUCCCGGAGGCGCGGAGGCAUCCGGUGGGGGUCCGGCAGCGGCGGAUGGUGACCCCGGGGCAGAGGAAGAGGAGGACGGGGAUGGUGGCGGCUAUCAGGAGAUCGACAAGGCCCGGCGCGCGGCGGAUCUCCUGGCCCGCCCCGUGCCCAGGCCCCCCACGGAGACCUACGCCGUGGUGAACAAGCCGAAGCGCCACGUGUACACGGAGCCGGGCCGGGGGCCGGGCUGGGCCGCGGGGGACGCCCACACCUACGCUGAACCGGAUGGGGGUGCGCGGGGCGCUGGGCGCCGGGAGCCUCACCACGAGUACACGGAGCUGGAGCCACGCCAGGCCCGCAGGACCAACUACUAUGGGCCCGACCCCACCCGGGCCGCUCCCGCGGCGAUGACCUCCAACCUUGCAGCCCGGCCCCUGCCGGAGCCCGGGGGGAGCCUGAGGCCUGCCACCCAGACCUUUGACCCCAUGGCCAGGUCUUUGCCAGACCCCGCUGACCUGACCUUUAACCCCAAUAUCCGGCCAGUACCGAACCCUGAGGGAAGCCUGUGGCCUACUGACCCGACCUCUGACCCCAAAACCUGGCCUCUGCCUGACCCUGGGGGGAGCCUGAGGCCUACUAACAUGACCUUCGACCCUACGUCCCGACCUCUACCAGAGCCUGAUUGGAGCCCGAGGCCAGCUGACCCGACCCCUGUCCUCAAAAUCCGGCCACUGCCUGACCCUAAGGGAAGCCUGAGGCCUGUUGCCCUGACCUUUGACCCCAUGGCCCGGCCUUUGCCAGACCCUGAGUGGAGCCUCGGGCCUGCCGACCCGAACUCUGACCCCAAAAUCCAGCCGAUACCAGAUCCUGAUUGGAGCCUGAGGCCUGCUAACCUGACCUCUGACCCCACAGCCCGGCCUUUGCCAGUGCCUGAUUGGACCCCGAGGCCUGUUGACCUGACCUCUGACCCCAAAAUCCAGCCACUGCCCAACCCCGAGGGAAGACUGAGGCCUAAUCCCCUGACCUCUGACCCUAAAAUCCGGUCAAUACCAGAGUCUGAUCGGAGCCUGAGGCCCGCUGACCUGACCUCUGACCCCGCCGCCCGGCAACCACCAGAUCCCAGCCGACGUCCAAGGCCCCCCAUCCCUGCCAGGCCGCAGGUUACGUCCCCGACCUCUGAACUCAGCUCCCGGCGACCGCUGGAUGCCGAGAGAAGCCCUCGGCCCGGGGAGGCCGCUCCGCCCAUCUACGCGCAGCCGGUGCGGAAACACCGUGGCCCCAGCCCGUCCCAGACUGGGCCGGCGCCGGCAUUCUCUCCGGGCAGCCCCCAGCUCGACGACCCGGUGUACGGGGCCUUACCCAGCGCCUGGCGGCCCGUUCCCCGCCCGGAGACGCAGCCCAGGCCCGCUCCCCGGGCGCCAGCCUCUCGCCCGAGACCAGGCCCUGGCUCUCCGGAGGCCACGCCCAGGACGGUCCUCGACCAACUGGAGGCCGCGUCCAGGACGGGGGCCAGAGCGCUGGAGCCCGGGCCGAGGCCCGUUCCCAACCCACCAGGGAUGGCAGUGAGGCGAGUCCCUGGCCAGUUGGACACCGGCCCGAGACUAGCUCCCAGACCACCGGAGAGCGCGCCGAGACCAGGCCCCGGCCUAGCGGACAACACGCCGAGACCACGCCCUGGCCUAGCGGAGAACGCACCGAGACCAGGUGCCGGCCUAGCGGAGUGCGCGCCGAGACCAGGCGCCGGCCUAGCGGAGAGCGCAUCGAGACCAGGUGCCGGCCUAGCGGAGUGCGCGCCGAGACCAGGCGCCGGCCUAGCGGAGUGCGCGCCGAGACCAGGCCCCGGACCACCAGACGCAGGCCCGAGACCAGCUCCCAGGCCACCGGACAACCUGCCGAGACCAGGCCCUCGCUUGUCCUGCCCGACUCCGGGACCACCUGCCCGCGGUUCGCCGAGACGGGACGCGCCUCGGGACGCCUCGCCGACUCCGGACGCCAACCUGUACGAGAGUGUCCUGGACUACCAGCGGCCUUCGCCGGCCCGGCCUGCCUGCAGGAGGGGCGAGUCCUGACCCAGCACAACAGCUCCCCCAGCGGGACACCCGGCCGAGGGGAAUGUGCCCACGGACGCUGAGCACGGGAGACGGGAGAGCGAGGGGAGCCGCCCUCCUCCUCCUUGCCCCAGCCACCGAUGAGGGUUAAACUGCCCCGUUGCAACGGACACUCUCCAUUCUACCCGUCGGGAGUGGCUGACCAGAGUCCAGCGGGGAGCGGGAGCAGGAGGAGGCCAUUCCGCACAAACCCUUACGCUGCUUUGCGAUGAACCGCGUUCGGCCUGCUGACACCAACCAGGCAAACCGUCCCUUCCGGCUCUCCGCCGCCUUCCAGGGAAGGGUGGGAACUGAAAUCUCUGCACCCAAACCCCCUCCCUCCCUCUCCCCCUCCCCACCACCCACCCCUCACAAGUCUCCAGACCCCUCUCCACCUCUGAACUUUGAAACAAGAUCGCACAGGCUGAAAUAAAAAUGCAAACACUCAUCAGGUCAGGCAGCAGCUGCGGAGAGAGACAGACAGACAGACGGUCGACACUUUGGGUCUGCUAUCCUUUGACGCAGACCUGAAAUGCUCACUGUUUCUGGGCACUGGGACGUUACGUUGCAGUGCUACAAGUCGCUGGUGAGGCCGCACUGUGUACGGUUUUGGUUGCCCUGCUAUAGGAAAGACAGGGUUAAAUUGGAAGGAGCGCAGAGGAGAUUUACGAGGAUGUUGCCGGGACUCGAGGGCCUGAGUUAUAGGGAGAGGUUGGCCAGGCUGGGUCUUUAUUCCUUGGAACGUAGGAGAAUGAGGGGAGAUCUUAUAGAAGUGUUUAACAUUAUGAGGGGCAUAGAUCAGGUGGACGGUAACAGUCUUUUCCCCAGGGUAGGGGAGCCCAAAACUAGGGGGGUGUAGGUUUAGGGUGAGAGGAGAAAGAUUUAAAAGGGACUUUUCAACGCAGAGGGUGGUCAGUAAAUGGAACGAGCUGCCAGAGGAAGUGGUUGAGGCAGGUACAGCUGAGUCAUUUAAAAAUAGGUACAUGGAGGGGGCAGGGCUUGGGGGGGGGGGGGGGAUAUGCGCCGAAUGCAGGAAAUUGGGACUAGUUGGGGCGGACACCGUGGUCGGCAGGGACCAGUUGGGCCGAAGGGCCCGUCUCCGUGCCGUCUCGCUCUGUGACUCUCUCCACAGACGCUGCCUGACCUGCCGAGUCCAGCGUUUUCUAGAUUUGAUAAUCCAGUUAUGCUUCUCAGGUCCGACUUGUGAGCUCAAAUUAAUCCACGUUUCUUAACUUAAGGACUCACCUCAAGAGUCAGGUUCAUUGUCAGUGGGGGUGUGGGAAGUGAGCAGGGAGGGAGGGGUGGAUUUGUUGGGGGGGGGGCCACUCCCCAGGCGAUGUCUGGGACACUCGGAGAGAAGGGGAGGACACCCCCCCCCCCACCCCCGUGUUCCUGGGUCAGGCGCCGCUGGUCAACACACAGGACUGCAACCCCCCCACCCCCGCAACACAGGCCCCGGGAGGGUCUGGCGCAGGGGGUGGAUGGGACCGACACUGAGGGUACCGACUGUGUUAACACACAGAACACGGGGGUCGCAGAGGGAGUGGGAGGGGGUCGCAGAAGGGGAGAGAGGCACAAAGGGA